AUGAUGAAAGCUACAAGUGUAACGAUUAAUACGGACAGUGUCGGUGGGAGUACGGCGGCUGCUGCGCCACCUAAACGUAGCUUUAUUCAAAAAGUAAAUGAUGUAAACAAGAUGGAAUUACCCAAGCUAUUACGCUAUAUGCGUCUAGGCACACUAGUGUCCAUUUACGUGAUUAUGUUUGGUAUUCUCUUUUUACUCUUUGAGUGCCGUCUAUCGCGUAUGGAGACAGCUAUUCGCUCUAAUUUUGGGUUUCUGUACAGCUAUAAAGGUCGUGCUGCGUUUAUUUUCUUUAUUGGGUUCUUGGACUUUGGUAUUGGCUCUGCACUUGCUACACUUGCUGGCUUUCUCAUGUGCUUUAAUGCUUUUAUCAACCUACUCGUCAUGUGCCGUCACCCCGAGUUCAAGUCAACGCUUAGUGCUAAUGCGGACCCGACGGCUGGAUACACUACAAGCAACCAAGAAGCUGUCAGUUUUAUGAGUAAGAACCCGGAGCUUGCAUUGAAAGCUGGACAAUAUGCCUUCCAGCAGGCAGCCCAUACACGUCACUAA